AUGGUGGCUUUUAUCUAUUCCACAGUUGGUCUCGGUCUUGGAGUUGGAAGAGUUGAAGAGUCUGGCAAAAUUAAGGGAAGCCUCACUGGAAUAAACAUUGGAACUGUGACCUCAAUUGACAAAACGUGGAGAGUUUUUCAAGCUUUUGGAGCCAUUUCUUCUGCCUAUUCUUAUUCUAUGAUCCUAAUUGAGAUUCAGGAUACAAUCAAAACUCCACCUUCUGAACACAAGACAAUGAAAAAGGCCACUUUUUGGAGCGUGACAAUCACCACAGUUUUCUACUUGUGUGGUUGCAUUGGGUAUGCUGCAUUUGGAGAUCUUUCUCCUGGAAAUCUCUUAACUGGCUUUGGUUUCUAUAACCCAUACUGGCUUGUUGAUAUUGGAAAUUAA